GUUUUACUUACUCACUCUAUUGUGGGUUGUAUCUAUUCACUCCUUUCUCCUAUUUCCCUCCCCCCAUCAGCUCCGCUAGUAGUGGUGCCCCGUCCCUUCUACUACUACUACUACUACUACUGCUACUCCUCCCCUCACACCAACCCACAUCUCACCCCCCCUAAUUUCUAGACCUUCCGAAAAUACAUGGGGGAGGAGUGUGUCAAGCCGUUUCACUGGAGACUAGACGUACCCACGCAGGCUGUCGCUUCCCUCAAAGUUGCUCCGUCAGCCAACGCCAUCUCCCCCACUCGAUCCCACUUGCUCCCCGACCGGUCUUCUGGCCUCCCUUUGGGCUGCAUCCCGCCCUCACGCGAAACCCUCCCCUCCUCGAUCACCAAGCGAUCUUAGGGUGGAUGAAGCGCGCUGAAUCGUGGUUGGCUCGGAACUUCUCGUCAAUUUCGUGCCCAUCGUGAUGUCCACUGCUGCUCCUCCCACUGCGUCACCCUCCGUCGUCCGAAGCCAGUCCAUCUCCUCUCGCUCCUCUUCCCAUCGUCCUCCCUCGUCUGAUCUCCCUCACCGAACCCGAAGUGUCGCGGUCCGUCCCGCGACUGCCUCCCAGCCAUCUCCGCAGCAUCACCAUCAUCAUCAUCACUCGCAGAAUCGCUAUUCCCAUUCCUACUCCAAAUCUCAGUCCUAUGAUCGUCGCCCUCCCUCGAAUCAAGCCGUCUUCGACCACAUAGCCCGUCGCGAUUUUGAAGCCUCCAGGGGUGCCCAACCCGUUCCGUUCCGUCGGGACUCCUCCAGGGAGCGUUCACAGGAGCGCCCCUCCACCUCCUACCGCUCGGAACAACCUUCACACAAACAGCACCGGAAUUUGUCGGCACACGGUCAUCAACGGGAUAGCAUCGACAUGGCUACCGCGGGGCCCGUCAUGGCGGAGGGUGUUGCGGGACAUUCGCAGGCUGCUGCCGGCGCCCACCUGCACCCGACCAACUCCGUACAAACAAAGCGUCGCACGAUGAUCACAACCCCGUCGGGUCAAUGGGCUUUGGGUAAAACACUGGGAGCAGGCAGUAUGGGCAAGGUCAAAGUCGGAAAGAACAUGGAUACUGGCGAGCAGGUGGCUGUUAAGAUCGUCCCCCGGCAAUCUACGGAGGAACACCGCAGCUCGCGCGAGGCCGAAAGAGCUGAUCGCUCCAAAGAGAUCCGCACCGCCCGCGAAGCAGCCAUUGUCAGCCUCGUCAAUCACCCGUACAUUUGUGGUAUGCGAGAUGUGGUGCGAACCAAUUACCAUUGGUAUAUGUUGUUCGAGCUCGUCAAUGGGGGCCAGAUGUUGGACUACAUCAUCUCCCACGGCAAGUUGAAAGAGAAGCAGGCUCGGAAGUUCGCCCGUCAAAUCGCCAGCGCAUUGGAUUAUUGCCACCGCAAUAGUAUCGUGCAUCGUGACCUGAAGAUCGAGAACAUCCUGAUCAGCAAGACCGGCGACAUCAAGAUCAUCGACUUUGGCCUGAGCAAUCUUUUCUCCCCGAGGAGCCUUCUCAAGACAUUCUGUGGCAGUCUCUACUUCGCAGCCCCGGAAUUACUACAGGCUAGACAAUAUACCGGACCGGAGGUGGAUGUAUGGAGUUUCGGAAUUGUACUCUAUGUUCUGGUCUGUGGCAAAGUGCCUUUUGACGAUCAGAGCAUGCCCAAACUUCAUGCCAAGAUCAAGCAGGGUGUGUUCGAGUACCCGCCCGGGCUCACGACAGAAUGUCGCCAUAUAAUAUCGCGCAUGUUGGUAACCGAUCCCAAGCAGCGUGCCAGUUUGUCAGAGAUAAUGAAUCACCCAUGGAUGAACAAAGGCUUCAAUGGGGCACCCGACAACUACCUCCCAUACCGUGAGCCGAUACAGCUCCCCUUGGAUCCGGAGGUGGUCGAGAAAAUGACCGGAUUUGAUUUUGGAUCCGCGGAAUACAUUACAACACAACUCACCAAAAUUAUCGAGUCGGAGGAGUAUCAGCAUGCUGUAAAGGCCAUGGCUCGUGACCAACCUCCUCCCAGCCAUACUGAGAAGAAGCGCGGUGUGUUCGACUUCUACAAGCGACGAAACUCGGCCAGCAGAGACACACUGUCCGCUCCCUCCGCCGAAGCUGUUCAAUUAGGCAACGACCCGGUUAAUGCCUAUAGUCCCCUUUUGUCGGUCUACUACCUCGUAAAGGAGAAGCUUGACAGAGAGCGGGUCGAAGUUAACCCUGGUGCGCUGGGUGUUCCGCACGCUAGCGGGGACUCGAUGCUCCAGAUGCCAGACCUUCCUGCGCCAGAGGCCGCUCACACCAACCAAUACCACGUUCCUGGAGAGAAAGAUACCGGGAGAAGGUCUCGUCCUCGAGCAAGGACCCAUGGUGACGAUGAUCUCAAUGAUGGUAUCAAGAACCUUCAUCUGGCCCCACAAGCAGGGCACUCUCCUGCGCCUCCUGCGUCGCAGCCGGAGACUCCGGUGAAGAAGGAGAGCACGGCAGCAGGUAUUCUAAGGCGAUUCAGUACGCGAAGGACCAAGGAGCGCAGUCGCGACCCGGAACGCGGCAGACUUGGAAGCCCACAUACGCCGUCCUUGAAUGUCCAGCCCCCUGCCGACUCGGCUUCGCCUCUUUCCAGAGGGUUUAGCGUUAAGAGAACCCGACGCGCGGACCCAUCUCCGACAGCCGUUCACACGGCUGGUAGUCAACCACAGCACCAGGAUCUUCUCAAGGCUCCAGGACCCGCCGAGCCGGCCUCGCGGUCCAACAAGUUCUUGGAGAGAUCUGCAAGUGUGAACUCGGCAGACUACCGAGCUCGCCGUUCUCGCAGACACGAAGCGGAUGCGGCAGCCCAGCCACCUCCCACUAGCGGCUCCGACUACGCGAACGUGCAGAAAGAAACCACGCCCGGAAAGGAGGCCAAGUUGACCCGUACACACACAGCCCGGACAAUGUCACUGGGUCAUGCCCGACGCGAAAGUAUCCAGGCUCGGAGGGCAAGACGGGAAGCAACGCGCGAGGCCAACGUUCCUGAGGAGACCGACGCGGACAUUUCGGGCGCCGGUACGGCAUUAGAAAGUGCCAACGAAGGAGAGGACCUCUCCAAGCCAGUGUAUCUGAAGGGACUUUUCAGUGUUUCAACAACCAGCAGCAAACCUCUGCCAGUCAUUCGGGCUGAUAUCAUCCGGGUCUUGAAACAGCUCUCCGUGGAUUACGUCGAGAUCAAAGGCGGCUUUAGCUGCCGCCACGCACCGAGCAUCGACCUGGACAAAGUAGUAGAUGUCGGACCCCCCAGCCCAGACCGUCAGGGACAUGUUUCGGGCCAUCGUCGCCGCAUCAGCUUCGGGGGCUUGUUGAACCAUGAUGAGCGAGACGAAUCGCGACACUACACGCCUCGGGGCCAGCGUCGGACUCGUGCUCCACCGGAUCAAAGUUUCGUGACAGACUCUGAAGGCCCCGACGAAGAUGAUGGCUCUCGGGACCAUCGUGACAACGUGGUGGUGGGCGAACGUGUCAUGGGAGAGACUACAACCCGGGUGCAGAGUGAUACAGGCGAGAACCUGGUCCUCCGGUUCGAAAUUCUGAUUGUCAAGGUGCCGCUGUUCUCGCUGCAUGGUAUCCAGUUUAAGAAGGUUGCAGGCGGUAUGUGGCAAUACCGGGAAAUGGCCAAGAAAAUCCUGGACGCUUUAAGACUCUGAGAGUAUUGUGGAUGGGGCGCCUGCACGCAGAUUGCAUAUUAUUUUACUCGGGCCAAUCGGCUUGAACCAUGAGCAU